GAAACCAUGCCGCUCCUCGUCGGGAGGCUACUCGUCGUCGCCGCCGCGGCGAGCGCCAAGUUCUCCGCAACGUUCGAGGGCGACAGCACCGCGCCCUUCGUCGAGUCGACGAACGACCGCUACGCCAAUCAAGAUGUGGGCAUCGUCGACGGCGCGUUGAUGCUGAAGGAACCGAACCGCAUGUACGGCGUCGCGGCCGAGAUCAAGCCGCCUUUUAAAUUAGACGACAAGCUCGUGAUCCAGUACGAGUCGACGCUGACGGACGGCCUGACCUGCGGCGGCGCCUACGUCAAACUUUUAGAAUCACCAGUGGACACCUCGAAGUUCGACAACGAGUCGCCCUACGUGCUCAUGUUCGGGCCGGACCGCUGCGGCGCCACCGAUAAGGUCCACUUCAUCGUGCGGCAGAAGAACCCCAAAUCGAACACGUGGUACGAGCACCACUUGCGGGACGCGCCGCGGGCCAAGGCUGAUAGAAGCCCGCACCUCUACAAGGCGGUCAUUAAUAGUGACGACACCUUUGCUAUUUACAUUGACGACGAGGAGGCCUUCUCGGGAAGUCUCAUGGACGCCUUGGAGCCGCCCCUGACGCCGCCCAAGGAGAUCGACGACCCGGACGACUCCAAGCCCAAGGACUGGGUCGAUGCUGCCAAGAUCGACGACCCGGAGGCGUCGAAGCCCGACGACUGGGACGAGGACGCGCCGCGGGAAAUUGAUGAUGCGACCGCGACGAUGCCGGCCGGGUGGCUCGAGGACGAGCCUUUACUAAUCCCGGACCCGUCGGCGGAGGCGCCCGACGACUGGGACGACGAGGAGGACGGGGAAUGGGAGGCGCCGGUCUGGAUGCCGUGUCCUUUUACGCGUCGCGUCGCGUCGCGUCGAUGGCGUCGAGGCGGCUGGCGCGUAUCCCGCGAGUGGCGUGUCGCGUCAAUGGCGUAUGACCCAUGCCGCCGCCGCCACGCCGUGCCUCCACCCGCCACGCCGCGUCGAGGCGUGGCGUGGCGUGACGGCCCUCGAGUGCGCGUCGAACACACCGCCACGCCGUCGCCGCGCCUCACCCGUCUACCACCCACCGCAGGAGAUCGCCAACCCCAAGUGCGACAAGGCGCCGGGCUGCGGCCCGUGGUCGCCGCCGAAGAUCGACAACCCCGACUACAAGGGCAAGUGGUACCCGCCGCAGAUCGACAACCCUGACUACAAAGGGCCCUGGGCGCCGCGCAAGAUCCCGAACAAGGAGUUCUUCGAACCCAAAAACCCUUCCAAAAACCUGAAGCCCGUCGGCGCGGUGGCCGUGGAAGUCUGGACGACGAACGGCGGCAUCGCGUACGACAACUUCUACCUGGGCGGGUCCGAGGUCGAGGCGAAGGAUUCGGCAGCGUCGUACUACGCGAAGAAAGAGGAGGAAGCAAGGAAGGCGGCCGAGAAGAAGGCUCAGAAGGCCGCGAAGCGCGCGGCCAAGGGCAAGGGCUGGCGCGGGCUGCUGCUGAAGGCGAAGAAGGUCGGUCAAACGGUUUUAGAUAAGGCGCUCGACCAGCCUUUGGCCGCCGGCGGGACGCUGUUGGUGUUGAUCGUCACAUUGCUCAUGACGCGGAAGAAGAAGGCUGUUGUGGAUGAGGACGAGGCCGAGGAGGAGGACGACGACGAGGACGAGGAGGAAGAGUCCGAGGAGGAGGAGCCGGCGCCGCGGCGGGGGCGGCGCCGCACGCCGAAGGCGGACUAGGCCUGUUCCUUUUACCCCUUAUCAUAAGUUCACA